AUGGGGAAGUCACGGUGUCCAAUCCACCAAACCAGGCCUGUCAAGAUGAGCUUGGGAGCCUGUGGUCCCCUCACGACGCAGGUGGGCGUGUCGUCCGGCGCCGCUGCCCCUGCGCCACCCCGCCCCCUCGGUGGCAGCGCCGAGCCGAUUGGCCCCUCUGCAGCCUGUCGGCCGUCACGUGCCGGAGCGUCCCGGUCGCCUAGCUGUGGGCGGCGGGGCAUGGACCCUCAGGAAGCCACUGGUCAGGGGUCGGGAGACCCAAGUGCGCGGCAGGUCCCCAGCGCAGAGGUGAGCGCCACGGGAUGGGGGGCGCGGGCACCUGCGACCCCCCGGGCUGGAAGCCUCCGGGCUCGCGCGCUGCAGGAAGGCCGCUCACCCGGGAAACGCCGCCCCCACCCCCUGCGAGCACGCGCAGAGCCGGGCCGCGUCCACUUCUACACAGAGCUUGACUGUAGGCGUCCUAUUUACCAGAAGGCACGCCUUAUGCCUGACACAACGUAUAUGCUAAUUGGGUCCGCCGGCUUUGCUGCAGCUGGUCAAGAGACAGAGACUGAGAUGGCCAUGGAUCGACUAGCCAGUGGAGCUCAGAGCAUCCCUAAUGACAUUCCUGCCCACAAUGAGGGCCCAAGUUUGGAAGAGGACAGCUUUGCUGUGGAGGAGAGGGAAGCCAAUGGGGAACUGUAUGCCUGGGAGCUGUCAGAAGGUCCACCCAUGGAACAGGCUGCUGAUCUUUUUACUGAGGAUUGGGACUUGGAACUGAAAGCAGACCAAGGGAAUCCUUACGAUGCCGAUGACAUCCAGGGGAGCAUUUCUCAGGAGAUCAAACCUUGGGUGUGCUGUGCCCCACAGGGAGACAUGAUGUAUGACCCCAGUUGGCACCAUCCACCUCCACUAAUACCACAUUAUUCUAAAAUGGUCUUUGAAACAGGACAGUUUGAUGAUGCUGAAGACUAAACAUGUCCCUUUCUGCCUUGAGGGGGCUCUUGUGUUCUCCAGAUCAAGACUUGUCUCAUGUGUCUUCGGUGACAUGGCCCAUUGAAGGCAUUGUUCCCAGUGGCCCCUCAGUGUGGGCCACAGACAGCUGUAGACUGGGUCCUGCCACUGUCCCAUUUUGUUGUUACUGUUGUGAAUGGACUCUUUGGAGUGUGUUGACAUUUUUGUCUGUGUCAGAGUUGUGUUCUUUAUAAAUAAAGGAAGGAAAAAAAUAACUCAGUAUA